AUGACUGUGUGGAACGAGCGCGUUGUGGUCGACUAUCAGCAAUUCUUGGAGACGCAUCCCUACAGAGCGCAAUCCCUCGAAAAGUUUGCUAAGACAUCACGACCGCGACGGCCCGAGUCUGACUCGGAUUCGAACUCAGGCUCGGACUCGGACUCAGACUCGGAUUCGGAUUCGGAUUUGGAUUCAGAUACUGGUUCAGAUGCAGACUUAGAUACUACGCCGGACGCGACGAGCAACUCAAGUAUCACCGAUGCAGGUGAGAAGAACGCUUUCAACGCCCUGCUCAAAAAGAUCCCAAAAGAACGCGGUAUCAGAGAGUUGAAAGACCUCCUUCUUCUCAGUUCGCCCCGCGUGCCAGCAUACGGGUUGAAGUCGAAACGGUGGGGUUGGGUAUUGAUUGAAAAUCUCUCGCCUGUCUACAAAAAUGACACUGCCUUCGACUCAUUACAGAUUGAUCCAGGAAUGAAGUCUCUGGUAAGAUCACUCGUCACAGGUCAUCAAAACGGCGGGACGGCGAACGACUUCGAUGAUGUGGUCACAAACAAGGGCAAGGGCCUUGUGAUAAUGCUGCAUGGAAAUCCUGGCAUCGGGAAGACUCUGACAGCAGAAAGCGUUGCGGAACUGACCGCCUCGCCGCUAUACAGCGUGUCAGGCGGCGAACUUAGCGUUGAUGUCAAGGCAGUGGAGGACACAGUGACAUCCGUAUUCAAACUGGGCAAGCGAUGGAAGGCCAUCAUCUUGCUUGAUGAGGCAGACGUGGUCAUGUCGAGAAGAAGCUCCUCGGAGCUCGAGAGAAAUGCCAUAGUAGCUGGUAAGAGUUUCCCGCUUGCCUGCCUCAACGUCACUAACAUCAAGGCUCCGACAGUAUGGCUGAGGAAACUAGAAUAUUUUGAGGGUAUUCUCUUCCUGACAACGAACCGAAAGGACCAGUUAGAUGCAGUGUUUCAAAGUCGAAUACAUCUUACCAUUGGGCUGCCUGAUCUGAGCCCUGAGCAACGGCAGGGCAUCUGGGAGUCCUUUGUGACUUUCAACAACAGCGUGGCAGACGCGAAUAAGUGGAAACCUGAGAUAUAUAAAGUGCUGGGGGCCCUAGCUGUCAACGGGCGAUUGAUUAAGAACCUACUCAGAACGGCCACCUACCAUGCCAGAUCCACCGCGCCAGACAAUCUGAUGGCGCCGAACCAUCUCUAUGACGUGCUCAAGGUGGAACUGGCGGAGGAGGCGAACAUUGAAGAGGUGUUGGCUGGGUUGAGGGCAUUGAUCAAGCAGCCUGAGUCGAGAGUUGAACUGGGAGAUGGGACACCCAAUUAG